CCCUCAGCAGCACCUCAACCAUGGUCGCCAGAGUCGCUCUCCUCCUCGCCUUCGUCGCCGCCGCCAGCGGAAACCCCGCCGCGGGGAAGCCAUGGCACUGGAAGUCCCCGAAGCCCCUCGUCGACCCCAAGACUCCUGCACCCGCCGGAGCUGGCCGCAUCGUGGGCGGCACCGAGGCUGUGCCUAACUCGUGGCCCCACCAGGUGGCUCUCUUCAUCGACGACAUGUACUUCUGCGGCGGUUCCCUCAUCUCCAACGAGUGGGUCCUUACGGCCGCCCACUGCAUGGACGGCGCCGGUUUCGUCGAAGUGGUGAUGGGCGCCCACAACAUCCGCCACAAUGAACCCACGCAGGUCUCCAUGACUUCCACCGACUUCUUCACGCACGAGCACUGGAACUCCCACUCGCUCACCAACGAUCUUGCCCUCAUCAAGCUGCCAAGCCCUGUUGAAUUCAAUAAAUACAUUGGCGCCGUCAAGUUGCCUUCCUCCGACGUGGCUGUGGGAACCACCGUCACCCCUACAGGAUGGGGCCGCCCCUCUGACAGCGCCGGCGGCAUCUCCGACGUCCUCCGUCAGGUGGACGUCCCCAUCAUGGACACCGCCGACUGCAGCGCAGUCUACGGCCAUCUUGGAAGCGGCAUCGUUUGCAUCGACGCCGCAGGCGGAAAGGGAACCUGCAAUGGUGACUCUGGCGGCCCCCUCAACCUGAACGGCGUCACCUAUGGCAUCACCUCCUUCGGUUCCUCCGCCGGAUGCGAGGUGGGCUACCCCGAUGCCUUCAGCCGCGUCUUCUUCUACUUGGACUGGAUCGAGACCAACACCGGCAUCACCCCUAUAUUACACUUAAUACUAAGCAUUAAGAAUAAGUAUGAAGAAUAUGUCAUGAUGACUAGGCAAAUUACGAGACCCAAACAUUUCGGCAGCGGGGCGUUUGGAAAAUUUAUCAGAAAUAUCAACGAGAGAGUUGCCUUAGUGCAGGUGAGUGGAAGGGGUUUUGCCGUGUUUAAGGCUGAAGUUAGAUGUGAGACCCUCAAGAGGCUCCUGUGUCGAGGUCGAGAUUGUUUAUAUAUUUCCCUCUACCCAACGAUGACAGUGGAAAAUCUCAAUCUUUCACAGACAGAUGGCAUACCGAGACGCAGAUAUCUACCACACUAUGACAAUUCACAAUGUCCCUCCCCGGCUCCGCAACGGAAGCUGUGGAAUGACAAAGUUAUAGAGAUAAAAGAGACGGAAAACCUUGUUGCCAGAGUUGCUGUUCCUGCUGCGGAGGAGACUGAGACCCCUUGUACCGAGCUUGGUAGCAAGGACAGAUCUUGUCGUCCUCAGCAGCACCGCAUCAUGGUCGCCAGAGUCGCUCUCCUCCUCGCCUUCGUUGCCGCCGCCAGCGGAAACCCCGCCGCGGGGAAGCCAUGGCACUGGAAGUCCCCGAAGCCCCUCGUCGACCCUAUGGGUCCUGCUCCCUCUGCAACUAUUGCAGGAAAUGGGAGAAUCGUGGGCGGCACUGAGGCCACUCCCCACUCGUGGCCCCACCAGGUGGCUCUCUUCAUCGACGACAUGUACUUCUGCGGCGGUUCCCUCAUCUCCAGCGAGUGGGUCCUCACGGCCGCUCACUGCAUGGACGGCGCUGGCUUCGUCGAGGUAGUCCUUGGCGCCCACAACAUCCGCCACGAUGAGCCUAGCCAGGUGUCCAUGACCUCCACCAACUUCUUCACUCACGAGCACUGGAACUCCAACACGCUCACCAACGACAUCGCCCUCAUUAAGCUGCCCAGCGCUGUCGAAUUCAACAAAUACAUUUCAACCGUAAAGCUGCCUUCCUCCGACGUGGCAGUUGGGAAGACCGUUACUCCCACAGGAUGGGGCCGCCCCUCUGAUAGCGCCGAUGGCAUCUCCGACGUCCUCCGUCAGGUGGACGUCCCCAUCAUGACCACCGCCGACUGCAGCAUCUUCUACGGCCAUCUUGGAGACAGCGUCGUCUGCAUCGACGCCACAGGCGGAAAGGGAACCUGCAACGGUGACUCUGGCGGCCCCCUCAACCUGAACGGCAUGACCUACGGCAUCACUUCCUUCGGUUCCUCCGCCGGAUGCGAGGUGGGCUACCCCGACGCCUUCACCCGUGUCUACUACUACUUGGAUUGGAUCGAACAGAAGACCGGCGUCACCCCCUGAACAGGCCUUAAAACCAAUACUGGCGUUAGUGCCUGAAGAUUUUCAUGAUUGAUCUUUCAUGCUUUAUUAUCACCAUUUUAGAUGGAAAAGGUAACCAAAUAGAUAUAUUGCUGAAU